AUGUAUUUUGCAAAGGUUCUCAAUGAAGAUAAAUGCGGAAAACUAUAUGUUAAUCGUCGCCAAUCCCUACAAACUACUUAGAAUACUGAAUAAUCUAAAAUGUAUGGAUAAGUAGAAUAGCAAGACUUGAAAAGAGCAAAAAGAUAAAUUUUUAGAAGAAAAAGCUACGCAGACUGUGGUAAAGGCCUGUAUAAGUCAAGUUAUGUUUAAAAAGUUGAUGCAUUGUGCCCUAUUUCGACUAUUUCAUAGCAUGUAAAAAUAGAAUAGCAGCUAAAAGAAGAGAUGAAUUUUUCAUCUUAAUGCCAAAAAUAAACUAUGAGCACAGGAACCUUCCUCAAGUCAGUAAGGUUUACAGCAAAGAUGAAAAGAACAAGAAUUUUGAAUAAGCAUCGAGGAUCUCAGUUUAACAUAAAUGUCAAUUUGAACGAACUAAAUAUUGAAAAGUCUCCUUCUUAAAGGGGCUAAUCUCAUGGAUUAGACACCCCAAGAAGAAGAGAUGAUUCUAGAUAGAAUUCUAUUGUAAAUACUCCUUCUUGGAAGACAGUAAAUGGAAUCUAGUCUCCUUUAGAAGAUAAGAAAAAUGGCAAAAAAAAUCUGAAAAGUAUGAUGCUCAUUAGUGAUGGAAGCAAGCCAUUGAGUUAGUUUUAAAGGAGUUAAUCGAAAACAGUGGCUAAAAAAGAAGGAGAGCAAACACCAAUAGAUUAAUAAAUAAACUCUUCUAAUUAAAUAAAAGAUAAUUUAAAGCCAUAAGAGAAAGAAGAUCAAUCAAAUUCUUCGUUUUCAAAUUCUUAAAUGUCAAAUAAACAAUAAACUGAAGUUUGUAUCCCAACAUUAUCAAAUAUAAAUAGCUAAUUUAAUGUGAAUUUUAAUGGACUGAGACACCAAAACAGUAUACAACUAAACAAAGAAGAUGCAGAUCCAAAGUCUUCUUCUAUUUCUCAAUUUUAAGAUGAAGUCAUUGAAACUUCUCUUACGAAAAUUAAUAAAAAGUAUUCAGAUGAUUAAACUCCUGAGAAACAAUUCGACAAGCUAGAAACCUUAAAGGAAGAGCAUGCUCUAGAAGCUCUUGCUCAUUAGCAGAGUAUAAGAGAGCGAAAAAGAUCUAUUUCAGCUGAUUCAGGAAGGGAGAAAAAAAUAGGAAACAGCUAAUUCUCUAAAUUCGCAAAUGAAGAAAACAAAGGAGAUAGCAGCUAAUAAUUUAAUCAAAUUAGUUUAAAAAUUCCUUUAAUUUAAAAGAUUGAGUUAGAUAAAUCGAACAAAUUCACUCUAAAGAGACAGCUUAGCAAUAGAGAAACUCCUAGCUCAAGUUUAUAUUCACAGAGUAAUUUUGAUGGAAGUAAACAAAGUUAACAAAAGUUUAUGUACGUGACUAAUUAUUGGAGAUUUGUUGAAAAAGUACAUUCUAAUUCUAAUUAGAUUCUGUAAAACAUUUAAAAUCAGAGAAGAGAAUAAGCUUAAUUGCUCAAUUAAUAAUAAAUUACCAUUCCUUUUGUGCCUAUUAAAAAGUUCCAUAAAAAAAUUAAAAUAGACUUCGAGAAUUAAGAAUAUUUCAAGACAACACUAACCUCUAGAUUUAGCCAAGCUGAAAGCUAAGAAAUUAAUAAAGGUUACUUGAGCUCUCGAUUAUCUUCGCCUUUAAAAUCUAACAGAAAAUAAAAUUCUAAGCUGUCUUUAAAAGGAGCCAAAACCUUUUAAAAACCUUAAACUUCAGAAUAAGAAUUAAUUUAACAAAAAUCAGGUUAAAGCCUUCUAAAAAACAAGCAAUACAAGCAGAAAAUUCCAAGUGGAGUUUUAUUUUAAGAUGACAACAGCCAGCAAAAUCUAAAAUUGCUAUAUUCUCCAAGACAAAAUCAUUAUAGAUCCGCUUCUCAUGAUGCAUCUAUACAAGACCAUUAGAAAAAAUAGUGGCUUGCUCCUUUAUCAUAGCAUAACAUAGGAGAGUAAAUUAAAAAACAUGAGUCAUAAUAUUAACAAACUAACAUAAAGAAAUCAAGACAGUCUUCCCCUUUAAGUGGCAAAAAGAAUAGCUUUAGCAGAACUUAAAUGUAUUUUGAUAAUUACUAAGUUUAAAAAGUAAAUCAAAAGCAACUUGUUAACUCUUCAAAAAAACUUUGA